AUGGCUGGAGACAUUGAUUCUAGGAAGUCCACUUUGGGCUAUUUGAUUAAAUUUGUAGAGGGUUGUGACUUGGCAGUCCAAGCUGCAAAGAAUGGGUGGAUAGACAAUGUUGGUGGUGUGAAAGAUGCAGUGAGGAAUCAUUUUGAGGAGGCUUAUUGGGAGCCAGAACUUGACAGACCAAAUUUGGAUGGAAUAGAAUUCAAAUGUCUCGAUUCUAUGGAGUCUGAAUCCUUAGUUGCUGAUUUUGCAUAUGAGGAAAUUAAAGUGGUAGUGUGGAGCUGUGGCAAUGGGAAAAGUUCUAGACCAAAUGGAUUUAACUCAAAUUUUUUUAAAGAGUGUUGGAGUAUAGUUGGGAAGGAUGUAUGUGAUAGAGUGCAUGAAUUUUUUUGUAACACUGAACUACCAAAGGCAAUUAUAGCCUCCUUUAUAACAUUGAUACCAAAGCAGGAUUAUCCUUUGGGCCUGGCUGAUUUUCAUCAUAUAUCAUUGAUAAGCAACAUUCAUAAGAUUAUAUCAAAGCUGAUAGCGGAAAUGAUUAAGGUACUUCCUUCAAUUAUAUAUAUGAAUGCCAUUUUGCCUUUAUCUCGGGUUAAGGGAAGGCUUGACGGGGUUCUAGAUGCUAAUGAACUAAUUGACUGGACUAAGAGAAAUGGGCGAAAGGUAAUCAUGGUUAAGGUUGAUUUCCAAAAAGCUUAUGACUCUGUAAGCUGGUCCUUUUUGGAUUACAUGAUGAGAAGGCUUGGAUUUGAUGAAAAAUAG